AUGGUCAUGGUCAUGAAAACUUUAACAUCAGAUCAACUUAAUGCCAAUCGAAAUCAAUCUUCAAAUCAAUAUAUCACUUCAACUUCAACUUCUUUGAAUGAUGAAAUCAAUAUCUUAUCUAGAUUGGUUUAUCUCAACAAAAACCAACAUCGUGCUUUGAUUUGGUAUAAGAAAUCAGUAGAAGUUUAUCGUUGGUCAAAGAAAGUUUUAAAAGUUUUAUCAAAUCCUAUAGAUGUCACUCAAACUAAUCAUAUCGUACUCAUCUUAAACUUUCUCAUUGAGGCACAAGCCAGGUUAUUAAGAUCUUAUGGGUCUAUCAUGCAAAGUGUGGCAAGAACAGCUUUCAUGUCAGCCGGACUGGUUAUCAUAGCUUCAAUAUCUCGUAUCAGAGCACUUUAUGAAUGUCUUGAAACUCAUCUUCAACAUUUGGUACCCACUUCUAUCGAAUCUAUCAAAAGAGAUGCGGUAAAAGAUGACGUAGCAUCUGAAAGCGGCGAUCUAUGUUCAACAAAAUCAUCCAAUCAGACCACUCCUCGUCAAUCAUCUAUACCCGAACCAAACCCUGGAGCUCAACUAUUGGAAAACAAUCAAAACUCGUCUCUAGAACCUGUUGCGCCAACAAAAUCAAUCAAAGUUGAAUCACCUCCCUAUAUUCAAGCUAAAAUGUCCACCAGCCCUACAAAACCUCUUGAUCCUGCAAUAAAUAUCCUGCCUCAAGCUUUUUGUAGCACCGCAUCUCUGCCUCAAUCAAAAGAUAAGUCUCUUAAUCUAAAAACCAAAAGAACUGAUCAUCUUUCACGUCCUAGUAAGAAGAAAAAAGUUAAGAAAGAUGCAUUGGAUGAAAUCUUUGGAGAUUUAUAA